AUGUCUUCUCUUUUGGGAGUGGGCAAGAGCAUUGGCCGCAGUUUUGUACAACAGAAGCGAAAUGCGGCUCAACUGAUCAAAGUCAGAGAUGCCAUCAACGCAGCUUUGGAUGAGGAGAUGGCCAGAGACCACAAUGUAUUCCUGAUCGGAGAAGAAGUUGCUCAAUACGAUGGUGCUUACAAGGUAUUACCAACUUAAUUUGUUCAUUUUUUUAGAUUUAACCCAUAAAGCAAUCAUUUAUAUGUAUUGAGCAAGAAUUGUCUUGAUGUUCAUUUAAGAGGUUGAAUAACGUCUUGAUUUAGGUAAGCAAAGGACUUUGGAAAAAGUACGGAGACAACAGAGUAGUUGAUACCCCAAUCACAGAAAUGGGAUUCACUGGUAUUGCCGUUGGUGCUGCUUUCGGAGGUCUUCGGCCGAUCUGUGAGUUCAUGACAUUUAACUUUGCCAUGCAGUCGAUCGAUCAGAUUAUCAACAGUGCCGCUAAAACAUUCUACAUGUCUGCUGGCCGUGUAGGUGUAUUUUUUAUUUCUCUAUAGUCUUUUUUUCUUAUCUAUUUCUAGGUAAUGUUUUUGGGUUAUAUUCUUGAAUUAUCAUCUUUCGUUUAGUGCCCAGUGCCAAUCGUCUUCCGAGGACCUAAUGGAUGUGCUGCUGGUGUCGCUGCUCAACACAGUCAAGAUUACUCUGCUUGGUAUGCCCACUGUCCUGGACUUAAGGUUGUCGCCCCAUACAGUGCUGAAGAUGCUAAAGGGCUACUGAAGGCCGCCAUUCGUGACGAUAACCCAGGUAACGUAUUUUUUGAACAAAAGUAUUGAAUCAAAGCUUAAUUUAGUACAAAUCUCACAUUUCCGAAGUUUAUAGCAAUAACGGUAAUGCACUUAAGCACCAACACUCUGCCUUGAAAUAAAAAAAAUAUUUCAGUAUGUGUAUUGGAAGACGAAAUCCUUUAUGGUGUUGGCUUUGAAAUGUCAGAGGAAUCACAAAAAGAUGACUUUGUUGUGCCAAUUGGAAAAGCCAAGAUUGAAAGAGCUGGUGACCAUGUCACAUUAGUAGCGUACUCUAUCGCCGUGAAACACGCUUUGGACGCCGCUGAAGAACUAGCCAAAAUCGGCGUUAGUGCUGAGGUAGGUGAAUUUUUAAAUUCGACCCAGCUCAUGAACUUUAAAAUGCACUUUGUUUCUUAGAGCUAAAUAUAGACAGAGUUGUCUGCACAGAAAAUUGUCUUAUAGAGUUGUAUAUGUACACUUUUGAACGUUACCCUGUCCAGGUUAUCAAUCUCCGUUCCCUCCGCCCACUCGACUUCGAAACGAUCCGACAGUCAGUGUUCAAGACCCAUCACUUGGUGACAGUAGAAACCGGAUGGCCAUUUGCCGGUAUCGGGGCCGAGAUUGUCGCUCAAGCUAACGAAACCGACGUUUUCGACCACUUGGACGCCCCUGUCUACCGUGUCACUGGUGUCGAUAUUCCUAUGCCAUAUGCUGUGUCGCUGGAAGCCGCUGCUUUGCCAAAUGCACAGCACGUAGUGAAAACAGUCAAGAAGUCACUCCACAUUGUCUAG